AUGUUAGUAUCUACUAAAAAGCAAUUGAAUUCAUAUCCAAAGAUACUCAAUUGGAGUUCAAAAAGAUAUAAGUCACUUCCAUCGAUCCCUGGGAAAACUUCAAUUCCAUUACUCCCCAAACGAAUAAUCCCAAUCAAUAAACUCGAUGUUACCAUUGACAAAAAGAAUAGAGUUCAUUUGAAUUCCCCAAUUACACUCAAACAAGCAUGGAAUUGUUAUUAUGCCCUAUGUCAAAGUUAUAAGAACAUAUCAUGCACGAAAUUACCUCGUGUUACGAAAAAAUGGCUUGAAAUGACUAAUUUAAUGAGAGAAGAUUUUCGAAAACAAUAUGAGAAAUUAUUGUUGAGUGGACAAGAUAUAGCAGAUAAACAAUAUAGAGAUCUUAAGUUAGUUUUAGCUCAGAAUAAAUCUGUACUUAGUGGGGUUUCAUGGAGAGAGAAGGAAGGUGAUGAUCCCAUUAUAAUACUUGACGAUGAAGUGAAUUUAGAUCAUGCCCAGAAAUAUUUCAACGAAUUGAAUGAAAAUAAUAAUGUCCAAUGGGAAGAUCUUCCAGAUUCAGAGAGAUUCGAAUAUCGAAAUGCAUAUCGUGAAUUAUUAUCUGCCGGUAGGGAUAUGUACCAGGGCAAGAUUGUUCCACUUACAACCUCCCCUCAAGAGAAUAACAAUUACGUCAAACCGAAACCCGAACCUAAAGUCAGAGUCACAUCAUUUCCACUACGUAGAAGUGAAUUACGAACCUUUUAUGUCAAAUUAAGAACCCCCUUUUUUGUACCAUUUGGGUUUGUGGAAGCAAAAAAUCGUGGUCAGUCUGAAUAUACAAAACUUUCAAAAGAGGAAUUAUUAUAUUAUGAAUUAAUCUAUUUCGAUCUUAAAGCAAGAACAAGAGCUUCCACCCUCGAAGCUUUACUGGCAUCGGAACCACCCUCAGAACAUAUAAAACAAAAUAGUGCGAUUAAGAGGGAUCCAGAUGGCCUGAUUCGAAUUUCGGGAGAAAUAACUUUAAAGGAUGCACUUGUAUAUUUUGAAUAUAUGAAACUUCGGAAAUUACGAAAGGUGCAACUACAUGUACCUCGGAAAGAUUAUCUUGCUGUUCUUGAAGAAUGGAAAAAAAUGACAUUGGAAGAAAAGGAGAAAUAUCGAUUACAAUAUAAAGAUAUGAUAAAGUAUGGAUAUAUUGUACACGAUAAACAAUUGGUAUCAUUACUGUCAAAAGUAAAACCCAGAUAUGAACCACAGAAAGAUCGAGAAAUACUUAAACAUCGUCAAGGAUUUCGAUAUUAUACAUUAAAAAGAGCAUCCGAUUUAGGUGAUUCGGAACGAAAUGUUCGACCACAGACAAGAAAAGAAUGGAAUAGUUUCACACCCGAUGAAAAGGAAGUCUGGUUUAAUGAGCUAGACAAACACGUAUAUCAAGGAAAAGAAGAAUCCCAAUCAAAGGAGAUGAUUCGUUUCAUAUAUACUAUAAGGCGUAGCAUAAUGAAAUCAAAAUUUGAAUCCGGAACUUGUCCGAUACCGGAUCAGGUGCGAGUUUAUUAUUUUAAAAAACGAUUGAGAGAAUGGGAUAAUCUUGGGAUGAUGCGGCGGCUGGUGUAUAACAUCGUUAAUCGUGAUUGGAAAAACUUGCCAAUGGACGAAUAUAACCAAUUGGAAAGUGAGUGUGCAGAAUCAAUGUCACAGAGUCAAUUGUCUGAGAAGGAUUUACGAAUUGAUGAAGUAAAGUCGGAUAACCAGGAGGAUAAUAGCAUCAAUCAAUAG